GGGUCCCGAGGAUCAGGAUUGAGAACCACUGUUCUAUUGGAUCCCAAAUCAUCCCAAAACCCUUAUUUACAUUUGGAAUAAAAUAUUUUGGUAUACUUGAAUCCUUUGUCAGUGAGUAUUUAAUCUUGUUCAUAGUCAUAUCGGUUACAUAUUUCCUGCAAGGGUUAGUGGCCCUCUUUUGAUAUAUUUGUUGCUGUUGGUAUUCUGUGGUUUUGGCAGGUUGCCAUGAUAAAGGCUUAAUCCAGGAAUAGGAGGCUAGGGUUUCAGCUGGAAAUUCCUCUGCAGUGCUGGGAGGUAAAGUGUCGGCUGCUGGCCAGUUCAGGCCUGAGAAAGAGAUGCCGUAACUGUUUGAACAAAGGCUGAAGAAAGAGAGAGAGGGCAAGAGAGUGAGUCAGAAAGUUAGACAAGAGAGAGAGAGAAAGAGAGAGUGCAGGUUGGAAGACUGAAAUAAAAAGAACUGAGAUUCAGCCUCACCCAGGUGAUGCCAGGACACAGAGGUAAAGAGAGAGACAUUUGAGAGAGAGGGGAAGAGAUUAAGAGAGGGGGGAGAGAGAAGGACCUGUCCAGUCUUAUGGAGACUGACCCCCCUCCCCACCAUCCUGGACUGACUUGACCUAAGCCAGUACCAUGGUAAUCCUCCAGGCCUGGGCCGGUGAAACUCUACCCCAGGAACAAGCCAGCCAGGCAGGAGGAGAGGCAGAGCCACGCCCGCGGAGGCCAAACGGCCCCUUGCCCCCGCCCCCCACCUCCCCUGUUAUUGGAGCCAGUUUAAUGGAGGGCUUUCAAGAGGAACUGCUAAUAAGAGUUUAAGGGAGGAGAGGGGGGGUGUGCUUGUGGUAAUGUGUUUCUUUGUGAAUCCACACCUGUCCUAUAACUGCAUUGUGUUAACACAGGUGGCUGGUUCAAUACCAUAGGCUGCUGCUGCAUUCUUCUCAGGAAGAGCUAGUUCUUGUUUCUACAUCCUAAAGUAAUUCUAAAUUAGCAGCCCUGGUCGGAUGUCACGGUAUGAUGUUUUAGGAAUAGGCUAAGUGUGAGUUUACAUUAGCUCAACCUAAUCCUCUUUCAAAUUCCUAUUUCUUGUUUGAGUAUGAAAUGUGUCGCAAUCCUCCGCCCACACAUCAGCAUCAGCGUAAGAGGCAGGGUAUGCAGCGCUAACCCUGAGUGAGAGAGGGGCUCAGUGGCUGCUGUGGAUGCUCCAUGGCCUUCUCUUAACCGAUGGAUUCAACACGUUAGUUUACUUGUGGCCUCAUUCCUCAGAUGGGUCUCAGAGCUCAUGACAGCUUGCUCUGUACCGGCUGGGCCACGACUCUGCCAUGCUGUAAGGGCGUGUCUAACCUGUACAUAUAGACACUGGGUCUCUCUCUCUAUUUCUGUUCAUCUCUGUCCCUUUCUCACUCUUUCUCUCCAUCUCCAGUGUCUGUCGACACAUUCUGCCUGUCUUCUGCUAGCUCUGCUCGAGGUGUAAAGAUCUCGUGCUUCGUGUUGACGGCUCUCUCUUUUCUUUGUGUCAGAGUGUGUUUUCUGUAUCCCACAGUACGGCCGAAGUCCACUGCACCUGGCCUCCUACAAGGGCCACAUCGAGGUGGUGCGGAUUCUGCUGAAGGCCGGCUGUGACGUGGACAUCCAGGACGACUCCGGACAUCCCUGUCACUAGGAGCGUAAUGACCUCCAGUGGUCUAGAGUGGGAUUAUUGGGACUGUGAGCUAGUAGGAGCGGGCAGUCCUCCCUCGGGGCUGGCCUCUGGGCGCGGCUCCUCCCCCCUCCCCACAGACCCAGGCCCAGGCCUCUGGCGCUCCCAAAUGCUCUCCUUCUGGUCUCUGAGCUCCCCAACGGGCCACAGCACGUCCUCAGCGGCCAGGGGGGUCAGGCAGCAGGGGCAGGAGGAGGAGGAGGAGGAGGGGAGAGACAGACUUCAGUGGAGGAAGGCUGGGAGAGAGCCUGGAAGAUCAGGGAGAGUGAAGGAGGGGGAACAGACAGCGCUCCACAGAGCAGCUGUGGUGGGACACACAGCCGUCCUCUCUGCUCUCGUCCAGGAAGGGUGUGCUCUGGACAGACAGGACAAGGAUGGUAACACUGCUCUGCAUGAAGUGUCAUGGCACGGCUUUAGCCAAUCAGUCAAACUGCUGGUCAAGGCUGGAGCUAACGUCCAUGCUAAAAACAAGGCAGGGAACACAGCCCUCCACCUGGCCUGUCAGAACGGUCAUGCUCAGAGCUCCAAGGUGCUGCUGUUAGGAGGCUCCCGGCCCGACAGCAAGAACCAUGUAGGUGACACCUGCCUGCAUGUGGCCGCCCGCUACAACCAUGUGGCCAUGAUCCGGAUCCUUCUGGGAGCCUUCUGCUCUGUGUCGGAAAGGAACAAGGUUGGGGACACACCGCUGCAUGUGGCAGCUGCGUUGAAUCAUAAGAAAACAGUGCGUCUUCUCCUGGAGGCAGGAACGGACAGCAGCGUUGUGAACAACGCAGGGCAGACUGCGCUGGACCAGGCUAGAGAACACAACAACCCAGAUGUAGCUCUUCUCCUGACCAAAGCUCCUCAGGUGCAAAGCUUCGCACGGGGCAGGAGCGUGAGGCAGAGGAGGGACAAGCUGAAGGCCGAGCGCAGAGCCCAGUCAGUCCCCAGGGACGACAUGCUGCCCAGCAAGGACAGUGCAUCAGCUGCUGACGACACCCACAGCAGCGACAGGGCGGCCCGCAAGCACACCGAAACUAUCGAAACCAGCGCCAGGAAAGGCUCUAAAAACAGGAAGCUGAAAGAAAAGCCUUCUCUCUCGGAGCCCCUCCGUCGCCGGGAAAACAAACCUGACGACGAGGGGAGAAAGAGGAAGGCCAAACUGCGAGGCUCCUCCCCCCCAGCCCCCGGCCCCCCCCACAACUUCAAGGCCUAUCAGCUGUACACUCUGUACCGCGGCAAGAACGGCAAGGUCAUGCAGGCCCCUCUAAACGGCUGUCGCUGCGAGCCCCUCAUCAACAAGCUAGAGAACCAGCUAGAAGCCACCAAGGAGGAGAUGAAGACUGAGAUCAGCACCGUCCAGGACCUGAUGAACAACAAGAUGGGUCAGCUGGAUCGCAAGAACAAGCACCAGAUCCGUGCUCUUGAUAAGAUGACGGUGGAGAGGGUGUCAGCAGAGAGGACAGAGUGUCUCCACAGGAUUGACCAGAGAGCCAUGGAAGAGAGGCUGGAGGUGGACAAGAGACAGCAGGCGUCAGUGGUCAACGAGCUGAAAAGCUGGUGCAUGGCCAAGCUGCAGAACAUCGAGGUCCGCUUCAACCGAGACCCCAGUCUGGGCCUGCUGAAGCACUCUUCCUCCAUGGAGGAGGGUCUGUGUGAGGUCCACCCUGCCGGGGUCACCGUGCUGCCCGCUGGGCCUGGGGGCAGCACCCACUGCCUGGCCCCUGCCGCUCCAGAGGGGCUAGGUCCUGAGGAAGGAGGGCCCUCUGGAGGCACCUCAGAGGAAGGCUCCGCCAAUCACUAUUUUGUGAUCCAUGUGGACACCUCUCCAGAUGGAGAUAAACAUCCCAAGCCAGAGCCGUCUUCCCCAUCUCCUGCCAAGUCUCUCUCCCCGUCUCCCCAAGUCGUUCGCCCCAAGGAGCGCUCGCUUGCCUCUGCUGACCCCCAGAGGCCGCAGCAGGGACUGCAGCACCCAGACCAGCGCGACCGCCGACCUGGCCGGGGCCCCAGGGCCAGCAGCCUGUCCCCUGCCACGGAGCGCCGCUGCAGCAGCAGACAUGAGAGGGACCGGGACCAAGGACGGGACAGGGGCAAACACCACAAGAGGCAUUCCCAGGGCAGAACUAAGGCCAGGGGGGGCUCGGGGCAGCCUGGGGGGGGCUCGGCGCAGCCUGGGGGGGGCUCGGGGCAGCCUGGGGGGGGCUCGGGGCAGCCUGGGGGGGGCCAGACUCUGGAGGUGUUUGGGGAGAAAGGAACAGAGCCCUCCUUCGCCCAGGAGAGGGAGAACAUGCACGCUCUGGAGGUGACCCAGUACUUCUUUGAGGCGGUGUCGACCCAGAUGGAGCGCUGGUACGAGAGGAAGAUCCAGGAGGCUCGCUGGCAGGCGGAGCAGAGGGCGCAGGCGGACCAGGCUGCCCUGAUGGAGAGGAUCACCUACCUGGAGGACGAACUGCGACUCUUGAGGACCAACCGCAAGGACGACAGCUAACAGGCGCUUCUAACACGCUCACCUCCAGCCCUCACAACAACUGUCUUUUACAUUUGAAAAGUAUGAUGAGCUCAGUGAGUCGACUUAAAACAAAUGAUUCAUCUCUGUUGUAAUCAUUCCCUGCUAACAAUAGCCCAAAACUCAAGCAUUUAAAUCCACACAAUAUGGCAUGAUCGUUCAGCACUAUGAUGCAUUGUAAAUAUUUUGUAACUUUAAGCAGGACAGCUGUUGUGUGCUGUGCUGUGUGAAGACCCUAGUAGAUGGUGGUAGUUGUUGUUGUUGAUGGAUCAAACACAGCCGUUAUUGUUUAGGAAGACUUACUGCAGAUAAAGUUUAGGGCAUUAAUACGCACUAAAUCACAACUCUCAAAUUAACCAUGAUAAGACACUGUACGACGGAAAACAUGGCUCUUACAUUUGACUGGAUUAACUAUAAUCCAUUUAUUCAAUAGAAUAAAUAUAAUAGAAAACCACUUAAACAAUCACAUGCCUAUCUUUUGAAGCAAGACUGUCAAGAUACUGAAAAUGAUAGUACAAUAAGCUUGUAUUGACCACUGUAGGCUGGAACUUUCAUGUGACUUGGGCGAACACCUCGUGAAUACAGCUGAACUGUAUGUCUUAACUGAAGAAAACUUGAUCUUUCAUAACAUAGACUUAGUAUUUGUAUACAUUUAGACUUAUGUCUCCUCCCUUGACGGUAAAAAAAAAAGAAUAAAUGCAACAUCACAGCAUUCGAAUUUGAUUUAUGUUGACACGAGAUCCCAUUGCAUGACAAGAUGGCUGAUGCGCAUCCUGCAGUAUUACUCUAUAUACUGUCUUUUUUAUGUAGUGGUCAUGUCAUUGGUUUUGUUUAUGAUGAUGAGUUGUAUAAUGUUCGUUGAUAAUAUCAAUAUGGAUUAUAUGUGAUAAAGCUUGGCGAAAAUAAAUCAAAUGUAUUUUAUAAAAAAA